AGUUAGGGUCAGUAAAAUAGACAGCAUUGUUAGUUUUGCAUGAUUUUUUAGUUUUUCUGUUGCAAUAGUGCAAUAAACUGAAAGAAACAAUGCUCCCCGAUAAAGCUCCGAUUGAAGAGGUCCUUCACGCCCCCGAAGAGCUGAAGAAACAAGCACACAUCUCCAGCAUUGAGAAAUAUAAAGAGCUUUACGCCAAAUCGGUCGAUUCUCCAGAUGAGUUUUGGGGAGAUAUUGCGAAAGACUUCUUCUGGAAGACCAAACAUACAGGCCAGUUCCUGAAGUACAAUUUUGAUGUGACCCAAGGAGAAAUUUUUAUCAAGUUCAUGGAAGGAGCCACCACAAAUAUCUGCUACAAUGUUUUGGACAGUAAUGUUUAUGACAGGAAGCUCGGAGACAAAGUGGCCUUUUUCUGGGAAGGAAAUGAGCCAGGAGAUGAUAAAACAGUGACCUACAGAGAGCUUUUACGGGAAGUAUGCAAGUUUGCCAACGUUCUUAAGUCACAAGGCGUGAAGAAAGGGGAUCGUGUGUCCAUAUACAUGCCCAUGGUAGUUGAGCUAGUGGUGGCCAUGUUGGCUUGUGCCAGAAUUGGAGCUGUGCAUUGUAUUGUGUUUGCAGGUUUUUCGGCCGAGUCACUCUGUGAAAGAAUCAUUGACUCACAGUGUUCCCUGCUGAUUACAUCUGAUGGCUUUUACAGAGGGGAUAAACUCAUCAAUCUUAAAGUGAUUGCUGAUGAGGCACUGCAGAAAUGCCAGGACAAGUUGUUCCCUGUGAAGAGGUGCAUUAUGCUAAAGCACUUAUCAAAGGAGGUACCAGAAGUCUCAUCAUCUGGCUCCCUGUCACCUCCUGCAAAACGUUCCUGCCCUAACCUACAGAAAGAAAAAGUCAAGAAGGUUCACCCCAUACCCAAGGUGCCUUGGAACCCAGACGUGGAUGUGUGUUGGCACACUCUGAUGGAAGGAGCAUCAGAUGAAUGUGAGCCAGUGUGGUGUGAAUCUGAAGACCCUCUCUUUAUCCUUUAUACCAGUGGCUCCACUGGCAAACCUAAGGGUGUGUUGCACACUGUCAGUGGCUACAUGCUUUACACUGCAGCAACGUUUAAGCUGGUGUUUGACUACCAUCCUGAUGACAUUUACUGGUGCACAGCAGAUAUUGGUUGGAUCACAGGUCACUCCUACAUUACCUAUGGUCCACUUGCUAAUGGUGCCACCAGCGUUCUGUUUGAAGGUCUACCCACCUAUCCCGAUGUUAGCAGAAUGUGGGAGAUAGUAGAUAAAUACCUUAUCUCCAAAUUUUACACAGCGCCUACUGCCAUCAGACUUCUCAUGAAGUAUGGCAGCGAGCCAGUACACAAAUUUAAGCGUAGUUCUUUAAAGGUCUUGGGUACGGUAGGUGAACCUAUUAACCCUGAAGCAUGGCAGUGGUACUACAAUGUAGUAGGAGAGAAGAGAUGCCCCAUAGUCGACACCUUCUGGCAGACUGAAACAGGAGGACAUGUUCUAACACCUCUUCCAGGUGCCAUUUCGUUAAAACCAGGAUCUGCUACGUUUCCGUUUUUUGGAGUUGUGCCAGCCAUACUAAAUGAAUCGGGUGAGGAACUGGAGGGACCAAAUGAGGGCUACUUGGUUGAAGAGAGGCUGGCAGAGCCGAUGCCCAUGUUUAAAGCAGCCCUGCUGAGUGUGUGA